CACUCACUACCGCUGAGCAUACAAGAGAGACGCCUGUAGACAACUUCUGUUAUGCUGUUCCCAACUUGUUGCUACUUGUUUCUCACUCGAAGCUAAUCCAAGAGAUUGGACGUGAAUAUCACAUCGAUCAGUUUUCAAACAUAACCGUCAUCCGCACAUGGUUGGCGUUAAUAUUUGAAGCACUUCUUGUUUGAAAGGAAACGUGAGUUUUUGGGGGAGAUUUGGUGGAAUUUAGUGAGUAACAUGGAUCGCUGGAAGGUGCAGGGGUCCCUUAGUGGCCAAGUUUUGGUGAAGAUUGUUGAUGUUUUGGUUCGUUUGUGUAACGGAGGUUAUUAAAUGGCCUCGAGGAUUUUGGUGUAGGGAGUAACUAAACCCCUCUUCAAGAGAAGCAUGGAUCUCAUGGCAAGUGCAAUACAAGGCCUCCCCCCGCUGCCCAAAGGCCUAGGAGGAUUACUAAAUUUCAACCGCGAAGUUUUGGCUCGAGAUGCAGAUCUGAAACGCCUGUUGCCUCAAACGAAUAACUCAAAUAACGGAAGUGGAACCAAGGCACAAUCUGGACACGUUUUAGUGUCCAAUGGAACCAGUAGUGGCUACUCAUCCUCAUCUACCCUCCAAGGCAGCCCCAAUCCCAGUCCCCUGAGACCCAAUAAAGAAACACCCAAGAUUUUCCAAGUCCCUGUGGGUGUAUCGGCUCCUCCUGCUGAUAGAUCCAAAUCAUCCACAAUCUCGAGUCAACGAAGCAGUUUUGAUGGUGGUCUGGGAGGUUCCAAUGCAUCGUCAGGAUCCGAGCGAUCUUGGUCUCAAGAGGAAAUUCCAGCAGCUCUUCUUCGUCAGCCAAUUAUGAAUGGUGCUGGCAGUCUGAUGAACGAGCAAAAUGGGCAGAACAGGCAGAAAAGGAGUUCCUUGAUGCGUCCAGGGUCUCUGGAUUCGAAUUUGGUUAUCCUGCGCAAAGAGAUGGUUGCUUUGCGCCAAUUGGACAUGAGCUUGCUGAACCAAUUGUGGUCGUUGAGGGAACAAAUCAAGGACUUACGUCAACACCCCGAAAACAGCUCUAACCAAGGCAUGUCAUUGAAAAGUGUUCAAGAAGAGGAUGGCAAUUCUCGUCGGGAACUCAGAAUCCCGGCUUCUGAUCGACCUCCAUGGGAAAAUAGCCACUUGCUAGAGUCCGAAAUCGAGUCAGAUGAAGAUGAGGACUUUUACAGAGAUCCUCUCGAAAACCUCCGUCACCACAACCAGAGAUGCCCACAUCCAGGAUUAUCCGCAUAUCAAGCCCAAGAAGUCAGGUUGAAGGCUCAUAAUUCCAAUAUUGAGGAACUCUUCACAUCGUCUCAACAUCCUCGGACGGAAAUCAGAGGAUCCGAAGAGGAGCAUUUUUAUUCCAAUAUUCAGAAUCACCCCAACCGUCGUCCUGUUGUCAUUGCAGUUGGUGCCAAACGCCGUCUGCCCGAUCGGCCAAAUCAGCCCUCGGUGCUGAAAUUGGCCGGCAACCCUGAGCAGAGCCAUUUCUUACACAACAGAGACAACAACGGCUUCUAAGAAGAAUAGACCGGGAACUUUUGUCAUCUCUAUAAUUGUAUUAGACACGCAAGGGAGAGGGAUUCUCGUCAUCCUUCCCCCAUGUGAACUUUUUCCUUGCCAAUUGAUCCAACACUUCACGAGCCGACAAGCUAAAUCAAAAUGAGCUCUGACAAGCAAGAUGCGGCCCAAAAGCCUCGGAAACUUCCAUCGUGGAUGGGACAAUCGACAUCAGUCACAUCACACAGAGGUCCAAACAAGCCAGGACAUGGGGACUGUCAAAGCCAAACGAACCUAUCCAAAGACCAAAGAAAACCCCAAGACUGCUGGAAAAGGGUCGCUACAGAGGACUCAAAAUCAAAAUCCUCAGCAAUGACCACAACAACGACGACGACGACGACGACGACGAAAAACUUACAUUACGUGAUGAGUCCGAUU